AUGAUCAAACGAGGAGCAGCGCGUCUGUCAAGGCCCAUCACGGGCUCUGCAUGGUCGCGUCAUCUGCGGAAGACAAUUCGUGCCUACAACACGUCCCUGAGGCCCGCGUUCGACAAGAGCGAAGUGCCUUGCACGUCCCUCCUCCCGCGUCCGGGCCAGCUACGGCGACCGCACCCAGCUAGCAGCGAGAGCCAGAUUCGCAGGGAGCACACCUGCCGUCCCAGAAGCCAGAAGCCAGAAGCCAGGAGCCAGAAGCCGACCAGCGGCAUACUGCAAGGAGGAAGCGGCGCGGGCUCUCCUCACGCACGAGUAAGAGCCAGAGUCGCGCACCGCACGCGAGAUGAAAAUGCGUGCGGCAUGCGAUAUGCACGCGGCCGACACGGGCGCGCAGCCGGCGCACGCGCAUCCCCUUCCCGCGUCGGACGGUCGGGAGAUGCACGCCGUCUCCGCGCUCCUGCCCCUCGCCGCGCCGCGCCGCGCCCGGCUCCGGCAAGUCUGCCUUCCGGCGCCGUCGGGUCGGGCUACCGUGGGCCGUCGGUCGGCCCGCCGUUGGGACGCGUGUCAACGGGCCACAGGGGUUCAGGUCGAGUCGGACAGCGGACAGCCGCCCUAGGGGGCGUUCCAGGGACCGUGCGCGCACGUGCCUGCGCGCCGCAGAUCGUGGCCACGGCGGCGGUCCACGCACGCGCGUGCGGCGGUGUUGUGUGUGUGCAUGAGGGGGAGGGGAAGGGGAAGGGGAAGGGGGAGGGGGAGUGUAUAUUCGGGCAGUGGACGGGAGGCGGCGGUCACCCAGCAGCGAGUAUGGGUAUGUUUCAUGUGGACGGGGCGAUCACGCGAGGCGCGGAGCUGCUGAGAGCGGGGAUCACGGCGCGGAUGGGGGCGCAUCUCGAACAUGAAGAACCGAAGGGAGGCAGGGACGGAGAUGAGGCGGGUGUGUUUGUCAAGAUAUCCCAGAAGGGCGCGCUCAGCCAUGCCUGUCCGCGAGGUCUACUUGUGAAGCCGAUUGAGGAGAAAUAG